AUGUCAGCUUUCAUUGGGAUAAGUGUAAAAGAGGAGGCUAAAACCCAACCUGAGAGAAACUCAGAACCAGCAGAAGAGGUGACCAUCAUUCAGAGAAUGGAGCGGCUCCUGGAGAAGGUGCCAGUUCAGACGCAGCAGGAGGUAGAUGGAGUAGGAAAAUGCGUCUUUGGGGACCAAGAAGCAAAAGCUGAGACUGUUGCCUCAGAGCAACUGCAAGUCAGAAGCUUAAAGCAGUCCACAGGUGGGAAAGUUGGCCUGGCUUUUGUCCUCGGUGCUGUGUGUAAGAAGCAGCUGAGUUUGAAGGGAGCUGAUGCUGGCAAUGGGAUCCGAGUGUUUGCACCUGACAUCGGGGUGUUCAUUUCGAGCCUGACCAUCUGGCUCAUCUGCAGAAACAUUGUUCAGAAACCUGAGACAGAAGAAGCAGCACACUAUAACUCGGAGUGUGGAAGUGAAGAAUUGGCUGGAGGAGAAAAAAUGGACUCAGAAGAGGCACUGAUCUAUGGAGAGGAUUUAUAUGAAGGAGAAGGUGAUGAAGGCGAGUUGGAAGAAAGUGCAAAACUAAAAAUGUUCCGCAGGCUUGCCUCUGUUGCCUCCAAGCUUAAGGAGUUUAUCGGCAACAUGAUAACCACGGCUGGCAAAGUUGUGGUGACCAUCUUGCUGGGCUCCUCAGGUGUGAUGCUGCCAUCUUUGACCUCGGCUGUGUACUUCUUUGUAUUUCUGGCUCUGUGUACCUGGUGGUCCUGGUGCCGGACAUUUGACCCAUUGCUGUUCAGCUGUCUCUGUGUUCUGCUUGCGAUUUUCACUGCUGGACACCUGAUUGGACUUUAUUUAUACCAGUUCCAAUUCUUUCAAGAGGCAGUCCCCCCCAAUGACUACUAUGCAAGGUUGUUUGGUAUCAAAUCAGUAAUCCGGACAGACUGUUCCAGCACUUGGAAGAUCAUAGUGAACCCGGACCUGUCCUGGUAUCACCAUGCUAACCCCAUCCUGCUGCUGGCGAUGUACUACACACUGGCCACACUGAUCCGCAUCUGGCUGCAGGAACCCCUUGUGCAGGAUGAGAAGACCAAAGAAGAGGACACGGCCCUGGCUUGUGACUCCAGUCAGAAGACUGCAGAGAGGAGGCGAAGCCUGUGGUAUGCAGCCCACUACCCAACCGAUGAAAGAAAGCUUUUAUCCAUGACCCAAGAUGACUACAAACCAUCUGAUGGCCUGCUGGUGACCGUGAAUGGCAACCCUGUGGACUACCACACCAUCCACCCCAGUCUACCCAUGGAAAAUGGCCCAGCCAAGGCUGACCUGUACUCUACACCCCAGUACCGGUGGGAGCCCUCAGACGAGUUCUCAGAAAAGAAAGAGGAAGAAGAAGAGAAAGACAAAUUUGAAGAAGAAAGGAGCCAGGAGGAAAAAAGAAGUGUCAAAGUUCACGCCAUGGUCUCUGUGUUCCAAUUUAUCAUGAAACAAAGUUACAUCUGUGCCCUCAUUGCCAUGAUGGCUUGGAGCAUCACCUAUCACAGCUGGCUGACUUUUGUGCUGUUAAUUUGGUCUUGUACUCUUUGGAUGAUUCGCAACAGAAGGAAAUAUGCCAUGAUCAGCUCUCCUUUCAUGGUCGUUUAUGGAAAUCUGCUGCUGGUAUUACAGUAUAUAUGGAGUUUUGAGCUUCCUGAAAUUAAAAAGGUACCAGGAUUUCUAGAAAAGAAAGAGCCAGGAGAACUUGCUUCAAAGAUUCUUUUUACCAUCACUUUUUGGCUCCUGCUGAGACAGCACCUCACAGAGCAAAAGGCUCGUCAGGAAAAAGAAGCUCUUUUAUCUGAAGUCAAAAUUGGAAGUGAGGAGCAUGAAGAAAAAGAUGAAGAGCUUCAAGAUAUUCCAGAGGAAGGAGAGCCCAGAGAGAAGGAGGAGGACGAGGAAGUGAAGGAAGAGAAGCAAGAAAUAAGGAAGUUGGAGGAAGAGGAGGUGGAAGACGAUGACCAGGACAUCAUGAAGGUGUUGGGCAACUUGGUGGUGGCCGUGUUUAUCAAGUACUGGAUCUACGUCUGCGGGGGAAUGUUCUUCUUCGUCAGCUUCGAGGGUAAAAUCGUAAUGUACAAAAUCAUCUACAUGGUGCUGUUCCUCUUCUGCGUGGCCUUGUACCAGGUACACUAUGAAUGGUGGAGGAGAAUUCUAAAAUAUUUUUGGAUGUCAGUGGUUAUUUAUACUAUGCUGGUGCUUAUCUUUAUAUACACAUAUCAAUUUGAAAACUUCCCAGGCCUGUGGCAAAAUAUGACCGGAUUGAAAAAAGAAAAGCUUGAGGAUCUUGGCUUAAAGCAGUUUACCGUGGCUGAGCUGUUCACUCGUAUUUUCAUACCAACCUCCUUUCUGCUGGUGUGCAUUUUACACCUUCACUACUUCCAUGACCAGUUCCUUGAACUCACAGACCUUAAGUCCAUCCCCAGCAAGGAAGACAGCACCAUCUACAGCCAUGCCAAAGUCAAUGGUCGCGUGUAUCUAAUAAUAAAUAGAUUGGCCCACCCUGAAGGAAGCCUCCCAGAUCUGGCCAUGAUGAAUCUGACCUCCAGCCUGGAGAAGCCCAUGGUGCAGGCACUAGUGGGACCUGGGGAGGAGAAGCCAGAAUGGGGUGCUCUGAAAAAAAGCCACAUGAGGGUGAGCUUUGGGAAGACAUGAACACCUAUCUCCGAGUGUGAGCAGUGGCAGAGUGAGGAGAAUCAGGAGGAGGAAGAAACGUCAGACCUGAGGAACAAAUGGCACCUGGUGAUCGACCGCCUCACUGUGCUCUUCUUAAAGUUCCUGGAGUAUUUCCACAAGCUGCAGGUGUUCGUAUGGUGGAUCCUGGAGCUGCACAUCAUCAAAAUUGUUUCAUCAUAUAUCAUCUGGGUUUCUGUGAAAGAGGUGUCUCUGUUCAACUAUGUGUUUUUGAUUUCUUGGGCUUUUGCUCUGCCAUAUGCCAAGCUCCGCCGUGUGGCCUCAAGUGUCUGCACUGUGUGGACGUGCGUGAUCAUCGUCUGCAAAAUGUUGUACCAGCUUCAGACGAUUAAGCCAGAGAACUUCUCUGUCAACUGCUCCUUGCCAAAUGAAAAUCAAACCAACAUACCCCUUCGUGAGCUGAACAAGUCUCUGCUCUACAGUGCGCCUGUUGAUCCAACAGAGUGGGUCGGGCUGAGGAAGUCUUCUCCUCUGCUUGUCUACCUGAGGAACAAUCUUCUAAUGCUGGCUAUUCUGGCUUUUGAAGUUACCAUUUACCGCCAUCAGGAAUACUACAGGAGCCGAAAUAACCUUACAGCUCCCGUAUCUAAAACCAUCUUUCAUGACAUUACAAGAAUGCAUUUAGAUGAUGGACUUAUUAAUUGUGCCAAAUAUUUCAUAAACUACUUCUUCUACAAGUUUGGUCUGGAGACCUGUUUCCUAAUGUCAGUGAACGUCAUUGGUCAGCGAAUGGAUUUCUAUGCCAUGAUACAUGCCUGCUGGCUCAUUGCUGUCUUGUAUCGACGCAGAAGAAAAGCCAUUGCAGAGGUCUGGCCCAAGUACUGCUGCUUCCUGGCAUGCAUCAUCACCUUCCAGUACUUCAUCUGCAUCGGCAUCCCACCUGCCCCCUGCCGAGAUUACCCGUGGAGGUUCAAGGGCGCCAACUUCAAUGACAACAUCAUCAAGUGGCUAUACUUCCCCGAUUUCAUCGUGCGGCCCAACCCUGUGUUUCUGGUCUAUGACUUCAUGCUGCUCUUGUGUGCCUCCUUACAACGGCAGAUUUUUGAGGAUGAAAAUAAGGCUGCUGUACGCAUCAUGGCAGGGGACAAUGUGGAGAUUUGCAUGAGCCUCGAUGCGGCCUCAUUCAGCCAGCAUAACCCUGUCCCCGACUUCAUUCACUGCAGAUCUUAUUUGGACAUGUCCAAAGUGGUGGUCUUCAGCUACCUCUUCUGGUUUGUCCUUACUAUCAUCUUCAUCACUGGAACCACCAGGAUCAGCAUAUUCUGCAUGGGUUAUUUGGUGGCCUGUUUCUAUUUCCUGCUCUUUGGGGGUGAUCUGCUACUGAAACCCAUCAAGAGCAUCCUGCGCUACUGGGACUGGCUGAUUGCAUACAACGUUUUUGUGAUUACAAUGAAAAAUAUCCUGUCGAUAGGAGCAUGUGGAUACAUCGGAACAUUGGUUAAAAAUAGCUGCUGGCUGAUCCAAGCUUUCAGCCUGGCCUGCACAGUCAAAGGCUAUAAAAUGCCUGAUGAGGACUCAUCCUGCAAGCUGCCCAGUGGGGAGGCAGGCAUCAUCUGGGACAGUAUCUGCUUUGCCUUCCUCCUACUGCAGAGGAGAGUCUUCAUGAGUUACUACUUCCUGCAUGUUGUGGCAGACAUAAAAGCCUCACAGAUCCUUGCCUCAAGAGGGGCUGAACUUUUCCAGGCCACAAUCGUGAAAGCUGUGAAGGCAAGAAUUGAGGAAGAGAAGAGGUCCAUGGAUCAGCUGAAGAGACAGAUGGAUCGCAUCAAGGCAAGGCAACAGAAGUACAAAAAGGGUAAGGAGAGGAUGCUAAGCUUGACCCAGGAGUCAGGAGAAGGCCAGGACUUCCAAAAACUCUCUGAAGAGGAUGAUGAAAGAGAAGCAGAAAAACAGAAAGCCAAGGGCAAAAAAAAGCAGUGGUGGCGGCCUUGGGUUGAUCAUGCUUCCAUGGUCAGGAGUGGAGAUUAUUAUUUAUUUGAAACGGAUAGUGAAGAGGAGGAAGAGGAAGAAUUAAAGAAGGAAGACGAGGAACUUCCACGGAAGUCAGCAUUCCAGUUUGUUUAUCAAGCCUGGAUCACUGACCCUAAAACAGCACUCCGACAGAGGCGUAAGGAGAAAAAGCAGUCUGCAAGACAAGAGCAGAGACGAAAGCACAAAGGAUCUGGGGACGGUUCGGAGGACUGGGAAGACCGAGAGGAUGAACCAAUCAAAAAGAAAUCUGAUGGACCAGAUAAUAUCAUCAAGAGGAUAUUCAACAUCCUCAAGUUCACCUGGGUCCUUUUCCUGGCAACCGUGGAUAGUUUCACCACCUGGCUUAACUCCAUCUCUAGGGAGCACAUUGACAUAUCUACAGUUCUGAGGAUUGAGAGGUGUAUGCUGACCAGAGAGAUCAAGAAGGGCAACGUUCCAACACGGGAGAGCAUCCACCUGUACUACCAGAACCACAUCAUCAACCUCUCCAGAGAGUCGGGGCUAGACACAAUCCACGAGCACCCCGGAGCCGCCUCGGGGGCCCCAGCGGCUGGCAGGAUGGAUAGCUUAGAUUCCCAGGACAGUAUCUCCAGCUGCUACACUGAAGCCACCCUGCUGUUCUCAAGGCAGUCCACCCUUGAUGAUUUAGAUGGACAAGACCCCGUUCCUAAAACAAGCGAGCGCGCUCGGCCUAGGCUCCGUAAAAUGCUCAGCAUGGACAUGUCCUCCUCUUCAGCUGACAGUGGCAGUUUAGCAUCAAGUGAACCCACACAGUGCACCAUGUUAUACUCCCGCCAGGGGACCACGGAAACCAUCGAGGAAGUGGAGGCCGAGGCAGAGGAGGAGGCUGUGGGCCUAGAGCCAGAGCUCAGUGAUGCUGAGGAAGAGGAUGAGGCAGAGGAGGAGGCAGAGGAGGCUGACUUUGAUGCACGGUCGGAGGAGGUUGGCCUCACUCCUGAGGAGGAGUUGCCACAAUUCUCCACAGAUGAUGGGGAUGUGGAGGCCCCACCCUCCUACAGCAAGGCUGUCAGCUUUGAACACUUGUCCCUCUGCUCUCAGGAUGACUCUAGGGGCAAGAACCACAUGGUGGUCAGUCCUGAUGACAGCCGCACUGACAAGCUGGAGUCAAGCAUCUUACCGCCCCUGACUCAUGAGCUGACAGCCAGUGAGCUGUUGCUGAACAAGAUGUUCCGUGAUGAUGAGCUUGAAGAAUCAGAGAAGUUCUAUGUGGGCCAGCCUAGGUUCUUGCUGCUGUUCUAUGCCAUGUACAACACCCUGGUGGCCCGCUCAGAAAUGGUGUGCUACUUUGUGAUCAUCCUCAACCAUAUGGUCUCUGCCUCCAUGAUCACCCUUCUGCUGCCCAUCCUGAUCUUCCUGUGGGCCAUGUUGUCAGUCCCCAGGCCCAGCCGGCGGUUCUGGAUGAUGGCCAUUGUCUACACAGAGGUGGCAAUUGUAGUUAAAUAUUUCUUCCAGUUUGGGUUCUUCCCCUGGAAUAAGAACGUGGAAUUGAACAAGGAUAAACCUUACCAUCCCCCAAACAUCAUAGGAGUGGAAAAGAAGGAGGGCUACGUUCUUUACGAUCUCAUUCAGCUCCUGGCUCUGUUCUUCCAUCGCUCCAUUUUGAAGUGUCACGGCUUAUGGGAUGAGGAUGACAUUGUUGAAAGUGGCACGGAUAAAGAGGAAUCUGAUGAUGAGAUGUCCUUUGGUCAUGGCAGAAGAGACUCCUCAGACUCACUGAAGUCCAUCAACCUUGCUGCCUCAGUGGAGUCUGUCCAUGUGACCUUCCCAGAGCAUCCAGCAGCCAUCCGGAGGAAACGCUCUGGCAGCAGCACCCAGAUCUCCGCAGGGUCCAGCUUCUCAUCAAAUAGGUCCAAUAGAGGAAGCACAAGCACCCGAAAUAGCAGCCUGAAAGGAAGCAGUGUUCUAAGCAUCAAGCAAAAAAGUAAAAGGGAACUUUACAUGGAAAAGCUUCAAGAGCAUUUGAUCAAAGCAAAGGCCUUUACCAUAAAGAAGACUCUGCAAAUAUAUGUGCCCAUCAGACAGUUCUUCUAUGACCUCAUCCACCCUGACUACAGUGCUGUGACUGAUGUGUAUGUGCUGAUGUUCCUGGCUGACACUGUUGACUUCAUCAUCAUCGUCUUCGGCUUUUGGGCCUUUGGGAAACACUCGGCAGCCGCAGACAUCACUUCCUCUCUGUCAGAAGACCAGGUCCCUGGGCCGUUUCUAGUGAUGGUCCUCAUCCAAUUUGGAACCAUGGUGGUGGACCGAGCACUCUACCUCAGAAAGACUGUGUUGGGCAAAGUCAUUUUCCAGGUCAUCCUUGUGUUUGGGAUUCACUUCUGGAUGUUCUUUAUCUUGCCUGGUGUGACUGAGAGGAAAUUCAGCCAGAACCUAGUGGCUCAGCUUUGGUACUUUGUGAAGUGUGUUUACUUCGGGUUGUCUGCCUAUCAAAUCCGUUGUGGGUAUCCAACACGAGUCCUUGGAAACUUCCUCACAAAGAGCUACAAUUAUGUCAACCUCUUCUUGUUUCAAGGGUUCCGCCUUGUCCCGUUUCUAACCGAACUGAGGGCAGUGAUGGACUGGGUGUGGACAGACACCACCCUGAGCCUCUCCAGUUGGAUUUGUGUGGAGGACAUCUAUGCACACAUUUUCAUCCUGAAGUGUUGGCGGGAGUCGGAAAAGAGAUACCCUCAGCCCCGGGGCCAGAAGAAGAAGAAGGUGGUGAAGUAUGGCAUGGGUGGCAUGAUCAUUGUCCUGCUCAUCUGUAUCGUUUGGUUCCCGCUUCUCUUCAUGUCCUUGAUCAAAUCUGUCGCCGGGGUUAUUAACCAGCCUCUGGACGUCUCCGUUACAAUCACCCUGGGAGGGUAUCAGCCUAUUUUCACAAUGAGUGCCCAGCAAAGCCAGCUGAAAGUUAUGGACCAGCAGAGGUUUAAUAAAUUUAUGAGAGCCUUUUCUAGGGACACGGGUGCUAUGCAAUUUUUGGAAAAUUAUGAAAAAGAAGAUAUAACAGUAGCAGAACUGGAAGGAAAUUCAAAUUCUUUGUGGACCAUCAGCCCUCCCAGUAAGCAGAAAAUGAUUCAAGAACUCAUGGACCUCAGUAGUAGCUUCUCUGUUGUUUUUUCAUGGAGUAUUCAGAGAAACAUGAGUCUGGGUGCAAAAGCAGAAAUAGCAACAGAUAAACUUUCUUUUCCUCUUAAAAAUAUUACACGAGAGAAUAUAGCUAAAAUGAUUGCUGGGAAUGACGCAGAAAGUUCAAAAACGCCAGUGACAAUAGAAAAUAUCUGCCCAUAUUAUGUGAAAGCGCCCAGUGAUUCUAACUCAAAACCUAUAAAGCAACUUUUAUCUGAAAAUAAUUUCAUGAAUAUCACCAUCAUUUUGUUCAGAGACAAUAUGACUAAAUCCAACAGUGAGUGGUGGGUUCUCAACCUGACUGGAAAUAGGAUAUACAACGAGGAGUCACAGGCCUUGGAGCUGGUGGUCUUCAAUGACAAAGUCAGCCCCCCCAGCCUGGGGUUCCUGGCUGGCUAUGGUAUCAUGGGACUAUAUGCUUCUGUUGUCCUUGUGAUUGGGAAAUUUGUCCGUGAAUUCUUCAGCGGGAUUUCUCACUCUAUCAUGUUUGAAGAGCUUCCAAACGUGGACCGAAUUUUGAAGUUGUGCACAGAUAUUUUUUUAGUUCGAGAGACAGGGGAACUGGAACUAGAGGAAGAUCUCUAUGCCAAAUUGAUAUUCCUGUACCGUUCACCAGAAACAAUGAUCAAGUGGACUAGAGAAAAAACGAAUUGAUGUCCUCAGACCCAGACCACAAAAGAAGCUGACAAUGGAAUUUUUUAAAAAGCACAAUAUUCUUGUAAGAGCUAAGCAUUUCUAGUUUGAUGGAAAUGGUUUCUCUUCUAACAGGUGGCCAAAAGGAAGUGAUUUCCUUUUACAGUCAAAGCUACCUUGCUCGUGACAGCGCUGUUGAAGAAGUUAUUUGUACUUCCACAAUUCUGAAAUCAGGGCUACUUGCUUUACGUUUUAGUCAACGGUGUCUUGCAUUCUGAUUGACUAUGUGCAAGACUCACGCAAGGGUCCCUUCCCACAGAAAAACAGAAGAGG